GUUAAUUUCUUUGGAAAAAUACAGAAAAAGCAUACUAAUCUUCUCAAAUCUUACUGUAGUAUUUUCAGAUAUUACUCUAAAGGAUGAACUGUUUCCUCCAGCUUAAAAUAUUAAGCCAGCAUUGCUUCUGGUUGCUUAGCAAGGCUUAACUGUAUCUGCAGUUAUUUAAAUUUCAGUUAUGUGAUAUAUCAUGGGCAUCUAUUUAAACAUACAACUAUUAUUUUUAGUUGAAAUAUAGACUAUAUAAAGACUUAAAAGAUGUGGGAUCAAGGUGGACAACCUUGGCAGCAAUGGCCUUUGAACCAACAGCAGUGGAUGCAGUCAUUUCAGCACCAGCAAGACCCAAGCCAGAUUGAUUGGGCUGCAUUAGCUCAAGCAUGGAUAGCUCAGCGAGAAGCCUCGGGGCAACAGAGUGUAGUGGAACAACAAGGAAUGAUGCCAAACGGACAGGAUAUUUCAGGAAUAGAGUCUGGUCCAAACAACCAUAAUAAUUUUCAGGGGGAUCCCAACUUCAACAGAAUGUGGCAGCCAGAAUGGGGAAUGCCUCACCAGCCCCCCCACCCCCCUCCAGAUCAGCAGUGGAUGGCUCCAACCCCAGGUCAAAUGGAAAUUGUUCCUCCAUCUGAAGACAGCAACAGUCAGGACAGUGGGGAAUUUGCUCCUGACAACAGGCAUAUAUUUAACCAGAACAAUCACAACUUUGGGGCACCUCCUGAUAACUUUGCAAUGGGGCCAGUGAACCAGUUUGACUAUCAGCAUGGGGCUGCCUUUGGUCCACCUCAAGGUGGAUUUCAUCCACCUUAUUGGCAGCCAGGACCACCAGGACCACCAGGUCCACCAGCACCUCCUGCACCUCCUCAAAAUCGAAGGGAAAGACCCUCAUUCAGAGAUCGACAGCGUUCACCUAUUGCGAUGCCUGUGAAGCAGGAGCCUCCUCAGAUUGAUGCUGUGAAGCGUAGAACACUGCCUGCCUGGAUUCGGGAGGGCCUUGAAAAGAUGGAGAGGGAAAAACAGAAAAAGCUGGAGAAAGAGAGGAUGGAGCAGCAACGUUCACAGAUGUCUAAGAAAGAAAAAAAGGAAAAUGAGGAGGCUGAAGAAGGGGAUGGCCCACGGUUGCCUCAGAAGAGUAAAUUUGACAGUGACGAGGAAGACGAAGAUGCUGAAAACACAGAAGCUGUAAGCGUUGGGAAAAUGAGCAGGAGUCCAUCCCCAGCUCCUCACGAGGAGCAAAGUGAACCAGAAAUGACAGAAGAAGAAAAGGAGUAUCAAAUGAUGAUGCUGACAAAAAUGCUGCUGACAGAGAUUCUUUUAGAUGUCACAAAUGAAGAAAUUUAUUAUGUGGCCAAAGAUGUUCACCGUAAAGCAACAAAAGCUCCUGCAAAACAGCUGGCACAGUCCAGUGCACUGGCUUCCCUCACUGGACUCGGUGGACUGGGUGGUUAUGGAUCAGGAGACAGUGAAGAUGAGAGGAGUGACAGAGGCUCUGAAUCAUCUGAUACUGAUGAUGAGGAAUUACGACACAGAAUCAGGCAAAAACAGGAAGCAUUUUGGAGAAAAGAGAGAGAACAGCAACUACUACUAGAAAAACAGCUAGAAGAAGAAAAGCUACAACACGAGAAAGUUUCAAAAGAGAUGAAUGAAUUUAUCAACAAAGAACAAAACAGUAACUCAGCAUCACAGGAGGCAAAAGAAAUUGAAGCAGAUACAGUUCACGAAAAGAAAAGAUCUCCAAAUGCAGUCGCACCUGAUCUAGAACUUAAAAAAGAGGGUAAAGAGAGGGCAGGAAGGAGUGGGUCAAGAAGCUCUAGCAGUGGUAGCACGAGCAGCAACAGCAGAAGCAGUAGCAGUAGCAGCACUGUAUCUAGUUCAUCCUACAGCACCAGCUCAGGUAGCAGUCGCAGCUCUUCGCCUUCUUCCUCUCCUAAAAGGAAGAAGAGACAAAGCCGCAGUAGGACACCUUCCCAUAAGGUGAGGCGCAGUCGAAGCAGGAGUUACACCCACAGGAACAGGAGGGAGAGGAGUAGGAGCAGGGAGAAACUAAGGGAAAGGAGAAGACCUAGUAGAAAUCGCAGUGCUGAAAGAGGGGAGAGGCGAAGAAACCGGAGUCCUUCCCGAGAGAGGAGCUGGGACAGGCGCAGAAGUAGCAGCCGCUCCUCGCGAGACAGGCGAGCGAACCGCGGGAGCCGCAGCAGGAGCAGGGACAGGCGUAAGGCUGACGACCAGCGUAGGAGCCCCACUGGAAACAGGCACAAACACAAAAGCGAGGGGAAAGAUCAAGAAAGGAAGAAGGAGCAGGGUGGAGGGGUAGAUAAAGACAGGAAAAAGAACAGAGAAAGGGAGAGGGAUCAGGAGAAAAGGAAAGAUAAGCCCAAAAAAGAGGAAAAAGACAGUAAGGCUGGCAAUCAUGACGACAGUAGGUUAAAGAGGAAAAGAGACAGCGAAAGAACUUUCUCUCGCGGUGAUUCCAUCUGCGUGAAAAUCAUAAGGCAGGAUUCCAGGCAAGAAAGCAAAAAAAUUACUACCAAAGAUAGCAAAAAACGGUCAGGCUCUGAAUCUAGUGCAAGGAGUAGCUCGGAAUCGCCAGGAAGCAGUAAAGAAAAGAAGGCCAAGAAAUCGAAGCAUAUUCGGUCAUGCUCCGUGGAGAAAUCCCAAAGGUCUGGUAAGAAGGCAAGCCGCAAACACAAGUCUAAGUCACGAUCAAGGUAGUAUACUUUUUAAGUAUUUUGUCUGACUUUUCUUUUUUAUUUUUUGCUAUUCGUCUUCAUGUGUACGGCAUAGGAACUUUUUUUUUCUUUUUAAAUCAAGUAUGGUAUUGAUUUAAGUUUGUCUUAGGCAAAAGUAACUUGGGAAACGAUGUUAAUAAAACUAUUAAUGACUAAGCCUAACGUGUGUGUGGGUUUGGGGUUUUAAGGUUUUCUUCCCAUUAACUUUUCCCCCUCCCCUUUUCCUUUAUUUUUCAGAUCGACGACUCCUCUUCGUCGUAAACGCUGAGGAAUGUUAUGGCACCAGUGCUGUGAUGUUUAAAAAUUCCAUGAGUUAUAAAAGGCUUGUCUCAUUAUAGAGGCACAUUGUGGCUAUGUAGGUGAAACCAGAAUCCCUUUUUUUAUCUGUAAAUAGGUGUAUUUUUUUCCAAAUGCUGCUCAGAAUUAAAUACCUAAUAGGAUUUCUUUGUAUUACAUUUUUUCAAGAACAGUAGUGCUUAUUAAGAAUAUAAAACAUGCCAUUCUCUUUCAGCUGUAAUGUUCUUAAAAAUUACUAUUGAAUGUACUGUGAUGUCAAUAAAGCUCUUUAGUUCAUUUUUUUUU